GACAAAAAUUGGAACACCACCAGCGAGUGUGAGGGAGACCUGAAAGUGGCACAUGGGCAAGUGUGGCGAUGGAGACAGCAGCAUGGGAGGCCGCUUACAGGGACCCGUAUGAGACCACUGUGGACCUGGCAAGGCAGCAUGAGGAGGCGGUACAGGGGGGGCCCAUGGCAGAUUAGGGGCCUGGCAGCAGCUAUGGGGAGGCCCGUAAUCUGCCAGCACCCUAUGACAAAAUGGAACACCAGCAGUGUGUGAGGAGACCUGAAAGUGGCACAUGGCAGAGUGUGGCGAUGGAGACAGCAGCAAUGGGAGGCCGUACAGGGACCCAUGAGACACUGUGGACCUGGCAGCAGCAUGA